UAUGUGGCCAACAGGAAGCCAUUUUGUAUCCGGACAAAGUUAAAGGCAUUGGCUGAUUGAUCUGUACGGCACGUAGGAUGGGUCAAUCUGUGUGCGCGUUGUCAUACUCCACAGCGCCUUCAGUCAGAGCGAGCGGAGAGGCAGCCCGAGCGACGGGCGGAACAUUACAACUUUGCGGAUUUGCCUGUUUGGAAAGCAGGAGCCACCGGUUGGACGACAAUCCGAUGAAAAAUAAGCAGCUACCGAGACUUGAAUGGUACCGGCGUCACGCGUUUGAAGUAGGAGGGGAUGUGCUGGAGACGCGCGGAAAGAUAGACGGCCAGAGGAAGUCGCUCGACGGUGGGAGAGACUCGGAGACGGACCGGACCGCCGCCUGCACGACUGCACGGGCUUCCGCGCAUUCCGUCGCGAACUUCGAAGGAGUUUCGAGCCACGAAGCAACUGUAGCCAUCGAUGCGGGCUUCGGUAGCGUCGGUGUGCUCGAGUGGGCUGAUCUUACCGAUUCACAAUGCAGAGCACGAGCAGCUACCGAGAAGAAGACGAAGAAUCAUGAGUGGAGCUGCUCACCGCCGAGCAUGGAGGAACCCCGAGAAAGAGACAUCAAUCUGAGCGGGAUCGGUUUCGAUGGCGCAACAGCCCUAAGGCUGUUCACACCGAUACCUACCGGCCCGUUUACAGAGGAAAAUAAAACGGCUCCAGAGCGACAGAUUCACUCUUGCGCGAACUCUUAUGUAGCCAACAGGCUCCUCGUUCCGUCACGUAUGACCAGAACUCCUCGGACUGUCGAACCCUCUUCACCGGGAGAAUCGCCUCCUGACUUUACGCACAGAACCAAGGACCAAGACAACACACCCAUCUGUCUUGAAGAGGAGUACGACCAUGGCCAGGGUUUAAUGGAGUACCACACUUACCCCGGGACCAUUCCGAGACUCAUUGUGACACACGAUCCGAGCCCCAGCCAAGCCGAGGACGUGGAGGUCGCCGAGUUCCCGCUGAACUUCGGGGCUUUAUCUCUGGACCUGCAGCCCGGCCAUGAGUCCCCGUACUCGGACAGCGGCUGCGGAGGUUCUCCUAUCCCUCGCGUGUCCAUGCGGAAACUCUCCAGCUCAUCCUCGGCUGGACUCUCGUCCGCGUCCUCCUUCGAGGAGUCAGAGGAUGACAUAACCGGGAGUGACGUCGAGCCCUCCGGCUUGUCCCCGAGCACGCGCGUCCCGUUCGGCAGUCCGGAAGAGCUGUCCAGGACGAGAUCCUGGAGGAAGUUAAAAAGCAUGGUGCACAUCACACCCUUUGUGGUGUCCUAUAAGAAGCACUACCCGUGGGUGCAGUUAGCCGGCCAUGCAGGUAAUUUCCAGGCGGGAGAAUUUGGACGGUUGUUGAAGAAGUACUGUGCAUGUGAGCAGCAGUGCCUGGAACAGCUGAUGUCUGACUCGCUCAAGCCCUACGUGCCAGGCUACUACGGCGUGGUGCGGCAGGACGAUCAAGACUACAACCUGAUGGACGACCUGCUGGCCGACUUCAACUCUCCGUCCAUCAUGGACUGCAAGAUGGGCAGCAGAACGUAUUUGGAGGAGGAAUUGGUGAAAGCUCGCGAGCGGCCCAAGUUAAGGAAGGACAUGUAUGAGAAGAUGGUGGCGGUGGAUCCGGACGCCCCGAGCGCAGAAGAGAAGGCUCAGCAGGCCAUUCUGAAACCACGCUACAUGCAGUGGAGAGAAACGCUCAGCUCCACAGCCACACUCGGCUUCCGCAUUGAAGGCAUCAAGAAAGCAGAUGGCACAUGCAACACCAACUUUAAAAGGACCAAGCACAGAGAGCAGGUUAUGAAAGCCCUGGAGGACUUUGUGGAUGGAAACACACAGAUCCUGAGGAGUUAUCUACUGAGGCUAGAGGAACUGCGAGGGGUGCUAGAGAACUCUGAGUUCUUCCAAACACAUGAGGUGGUAGGCAGCUCUCUGCUCUUCGUCCACGACACUUCAGGCCUGGCGCGAGUCUGGAUGAUCGACUUCGGAAAGACUGUGCCUCUUCCUCCACAUCAGAGGCUGGACCAUCGCACUCCGUGGAGCGAAGGCAACCGCGAAGACGGAUACCUGUGGGGAAUGGACAACCUUAUCGACAUCCUCAGCUCCAUGAUUCCGGACAAAUCGUACGUCGAGCCGUGACCAUGUGCAGUGGAGUAGGGACAGAGGACACUUUCUAGACCAGAUAACUGUUGCUUCGUGCUCGGAGGAAGAAAGAAACAAAGCAUGUGAAAAGAAGGAGAAGAAACGUCGGAGUGCCUUAGCAGACUGAGGGUCAGUCACGCAGCAGGAUGAAUGCGCCGUGUAUACAAAGUCCGUGCGCGAUCACGAUCGGACGAAAAGGACAGACUUUUAUUUUUUUUAUUUUUUUUUUUAAAGCAGGUUUGUACAUUUAUAGGGCGAAGAGCUUGAGAUUUUGAAACAUAAUGAAACUACAGAUAACACUAACACUGGAAACCUAUCCAUCUGUGCAUCCUCAAUGAAUAUUUUUAUAGUAGUGUAAAUAGACUAAUUUAAUUUUAUUCAUAAGAACACUUUUAUUUUAUUUCUCCCCCCCUUGUGCUUCAUGGUUUACUGCCUCUUCUUUAACAGUGAUUUCAGCGACAUCACCUUUCUGAGUAUUCACCCUUUAAUCAGGUUCGAAUCUUAAUGUUUUGUAACACAAGCAGGUUAAUAUCUGAGACAAUGGCAUACGGCAUCGCUUGCAAGAUUUAAUUUCCAUUUUCGGUUUUAAUGAACGAGUAUUUGAGGUCCGAUUCACUGAAUGUGUUAUCAUACAUCCUAUGAACGAUUCCCGUGGUAAUUUGUCCAUGUGAAUCUUGAACAUUCGAAGUAUUUGAGCUUUUAAAAAGGUGGUGUUGUUUUUUGAAAGCCGUAGAAUUCGGUCAGGCAGCUGGUUUUCUGGGCUCAAAUCUCAAGUUGCUUUAUUUUUAUUAAGACCCUUUUCCCCCUAUUAAAAGUAUUUCAGAAACUGGAUCUAUACCAAAUAUAUCAAAUUGGAGCCAAAGAACAAGCUCUUGUGUGUCCAGGACACACAUUAAAUAACUGGAGCCAAGAACAGCGAUUAGUCACUUCCUGAGGCACUGCAUGUGUUAUUCUAUGUAAACACUGAUUGUACUAUUUUAUGUUAUCUGUCUGUUCUUUCUAUCUGCUGUAGAUCCCCCACUGAUCGGUAGUUUGGCCUUGUUUCUGUUUUAUUUUAACAAUCAUUCAAUGUUGUUCAAUGACUGGAAUAUCGCUUAAAUAUUUUGACUGAUAUUUUUUUUUAAAAAUUCGAUCGCUUUAUUUCAGUAACAAGGUACAGUCUGAGCCAGCAAGGAAUUUCUUGAGAAAAAAUAUUUCAAAACCUCUUAAAUCGGUGAAAAAGCAUCGUGUCGAGCGGAUGAUGGAUCUACGUGCAUCAUGAUCCAGGAAAAAUAUUGGAAGACCAUGUUGCUCAACCUGUGACUUUCUUACAUAAUCCCUCAGUGCUUAUAUCAGUGCCAAAAUCACAACUCAUCCCAGUGUUGUGUUGAAACAUGUUGACUGGAAACGUGCGCUUUUGAUCUCUUCUGAAAGAAUACAUCAUUUCCUUUGAAACUGGAACAUGUUUUUCAUGCCAUGAUUUUCCAAUCAAUUUAGUGGAUGCUGGUUUGUGGAGAUAUUUUUUUUUUGAUAAAGUUCACUUUAAAGCUA